AUGAAGAUUAAAGAAGAAGAAGAAGAAGAAGCUAUGGAUAUGAGAUUCCCCAGAAAGCUGGACUUCAACGCACCAUUUCUAUCAACAAGACGUCCCAAUUGUGUCACCAUUGGAGAUAUGUCCAACUCAAACACACAAAGUGCUAGGCGUGAUGGAAGCAGCAGGGUCCCAUUUUCAUGGGAGCAAAUCCCUGGCAAGCCCAAGGAAACUGACACCAAUGACACGGUUGUGCCACCCCCAAAACUCCCACCAGGGCGAUGGCAUCCACCAAAGGAAGCGACCAGCGAGGAAAAUGGUGAAAGUGAUCGUGGUCAUCAAGAUGAUGGUUGUGGUGAUAUCGACGAUAAUGAUAAUGAUGAUGUUUUCACAGAUGCUAACGAGAAGUUCUCGUUGUCUGACGUGGGGGCAGAGACAACCGACAAGGAUAAUGUGCUAAGAGCUGCAAAUCUACACAUAGAGUCCUGGUGUUCUCAAAAAAAGCCAAAUUUCAUGAUUCAGAGAUUCAUUCCUGAUGCAAAAGCAUUGGCUGCUUCAUCUGCUCUAACUUUUUCAAAGAAUGUUAACAAAAAACUUCCUAUUUCGUGCACUGUUGCAGAGGGAUGUGUUUCUCGAGCUGUGAGGCAAUCAUACUCUUCGCCAAAAGGGUGUGGCCUUGACAUUUUCUUCCCUUGGCGCAUCAAGCACACUAGGCCUUGUGGUGUGAAGAGCCCGAUCCGAGCAACAUCCCUGAAUGCUGUGAAGCCUCAAUGGGGCACAAAACCGAAGAGAUCAAGAGAAUAGUUGUCAUCAAGAAUCCAAUACAGUCUUUAUCAGCUACAUGUACUUAGGCCCCAUGUCCCCAAGAACAGUUACGGAACUAUUUCUGUAAUGGUGAUCCUAUAUAUAUAGGUGAAACAAACAAUUGAUGAUCAAUAUAGAAUGUAAAAUGGUUGGUUCUUUUUAUGUAUGCAUAUGUACAACAUUUGCAUAAGCAGUGGAAUUUAAGCAAAUGGACUUAUAUCCCUUUGUAUCUGGGUUUUGUUAUUCC